UCCGUGGGCCAAGACCUCAAAUCCAAAGGGGAAAACAAGAGCGAGAACGGCGGCGGCGGCGGCGGCGACACAGUUGCCGACGAUGUACGCGGAAACGGAGCCGGGGGCCGCCGCGGAGCGCACGGCGUUCCGGCGGGCCGAGAAGCAGUACAAGCUCUACAAGCCGCCCAGUCGCAAGGGCAGGUCCAGGUCUCUCUCCCUUGGCCCUCCGACAUCUCUAGCAGGCGGAAACAGCAGAGCAGAUUCAAGACUUUUCAACCGCUGCAGGGGCAAGCAAUCCGGUGGCGGUGGCGGUGGCGUUGGCGGUGGCGGCGGCGGAGGGGACCUGUCCGCGGUGGUCGACUUCCACGCGCUGCUUGCUGCCGGAGAAGGCGAGCUGCCCGCCGGGAUCCGGAGGUGCCACCGCGCCGGCUUCCACCUGCCCGUGUUCUGCUUCCUCGACCGGCCAGGAUUCUAUUUCAUCCCCGGUGCUCUAUCUACUGAGGAACAGUGCUAUUGGAUCAGGGAAAGCUUGAAAACAUUCCCACAGCCGCCUAAUAGAACCAACUUGACUGCUGCGUACGGUCCAAUUUCUGAUUUGCUCGUUGCUGCUAAAAAUCAAAAGAUUUUGGUUGAAGUGGAAAGUUCUAAUGGCCAAGAAAGAGAUGAGCAGAGUAAUGUUGGGGAAAAUGCAUAUCCGGGUAAAUUCAAAUUUGUAGAUGGCUCAGAGGUCCAAAAGGAGGAAAGACCUAAGUCGACCACAGCAGCUGCCCUUGUGCGCAAACUCCGGUGGAGCACCCUUGGCUUGCAAUUCGAUUGGUCAAAACGUAACUAUGAUGUGUCGCUUCCACAUAACAAGAUUCCAGAUGACCUUGCUACUCUAGCCAAAAAGAUGGCUGUUCCAGCUAUGCCUUCUGGUGAAGAAUUCACAGCAGAAGCCGCCAUCGUGAACUAUUAUGGUCCAAGUGACAUGCUUGGUGGUCACGUUGAUGACAUGGAAGCGGAUUGGACAAAACCUAUUGUGAGCAUAAGCUUGGGUUGCAAGUGUAUUUUCCUUCUUGGAGGGAAGACGAGGGAUGAAGCUCCAACACCAAUGUUCCUGCGAAGUGGUGAUAUUGUAUUGAUGGCUGGGGAAGCACGAGAGCGCUUCCAUGGUGUUCCACGGAUCUUCACAGAAAGUGACCAGCAAGGUAUCUCUGCGCUGGUAUCAGAACUAUCUGGUGAUGAUGACCGCUUUAUCUUGGACUACAUUCAUAAUUCAAGGAUAAAUAUCAACAUAAGACAAGUAUACUGAACUGUAGCUACUUCAGUUACGAUUGAAAGUUUUCUCUUGUGCUGCCUCUCUGGCCAACUCUUGAAGCGCAAUAGUUUGAUUAGCUGUAUCUGGAGUUGGUUCUGAAAUGUUGCUGGAAGGUGGGAUAAUUUAAUUGACCAAGAGAAGUGUUCAUGUUCUUUGAAAAGGGAUCGGCCUCCAACAGACACAGGGGCAUUUUUUUUUAAUUCUGUACCCUCAGCAGAACCUCAGUUAUCAGUAUGUUUGUUUGGUCCUGCUAAUGCAGGAGAUUGUGAAUCAACUAAUAGCUUAUUGUGUGAUGUUUGACAAGCUGUUCAUCUAGAAUAUCCUUUUUCAGAGAAAUUACUUGACAAGAUCUCUCUUUA